AUGGCAGGUCCAGCAGAAACACCACACGACGAUAUCACCGCGGUGGAAGACCCCCAAGCACCCCGGAACCAGGGCAAGGAAAAGGCGGCGCGGUUCCUUGCUGAGGUCGACGAGGGCGAACGGGCCUUCACACCAGAAGAAGAGAAGGCUGUUCUAAAACGAAUCGAUCGCCGUCUGCUACCUCUACUCCUAGGCGCGUACUUCUUCCAGCAACUCGACAAAUCCACGCUCUCCUAUGUCUCCAUUUUCGGGCUAGUCGAGGACGCAAACCUCCACGGACAGCAAUAUUCAUGGCUGGGGUCGAUUCUUUAUCUGGCCCAGCUAGUCAUGCAGCCUAUCGCAGCGCUGCUGCUUGUCAAGCUUCCGACAGGAAAAUUGAUCGGAUCGGCGAUUUUGUUAUGGGGGAGUUCUUUGGCCAUCAUGGCGGCGUGUACGGACUUUCCUAGCCUGCUUGGACUGAGGUUUACCUUGGGGGCGUUCGAAGCAAUGAUAGCACCUUCAUGUGUGGCCGUAACGCAGAUGUGGUGGAGACGAGGCGAACAGACUCUGCGGACGGCCUAUUGGAAUGGGAUGAACGGCGUGACAUUCGUCGUCGGAAGUCUUUUCACAUACGGAUUGGGUCAUAUCCACAGCAACACGCUCUAUUCCUAUCAGAUUAUCUUCAUGUUCUGCGGGCUACUCACCGUUGCAUUCUCACUCCUUGUCCUCAUUUUCAUGCCCGACUCACCCAUGGAAGCCAAGUGCCUCAAUCACCGUGAGAAAAUCAUCGCUGUAGAACGGCUCCGCGCAAACCAGAUGGGUGUUGUUUCCCGCGAGUGGCGUUGGGACCACGUCUGGGAGACGCUGUAUGAUAUGAAAACCUGGUGUUGGUUUUUCCUGAUCGUCGCCAUCUCAAUCCCAAGCGGUGGUAUCAGCACAUUCGGGAACCUGAUCAUCAAAUCCUUCGGAUACGGCUCGUUCGAGACCAUUCUCUUCAACAUCCCCUUUGGGGUCAUCCAGGUCAUCGCCAUCGUAGGCGGAGGCUGGCUGGCAACCCGGUUUCAGCGCAAGGGACUCGUCAUUGUUGGGUUUGCAAUUGUGUCUGCUAUCGGGACAUUAUUGAUGAUUGUUGUACCCCGGGAGCAGAAGGGGGUUCUUCUUUUCGGGUAUUACUUGGUCUCCUUCCUAGCAGGUAUUACACCCCUCGUAUACGCAUGGGAGGCACAGAAUACCGCUGGAGACACCAAACGAAAGUGUACCUCGGCGGUUGUGCUGAUCGGAAUGUGCGCCGGCAAUGUGAUCGGUCCCCAGCUUUACUCAACAUCUCAGGCUCCUCUGUACCGUCCGGGAUUAAUCUCGAACCUUAUCUUGUUCGUGAUUGUAGGCGUGUUUGCGAUCCUGACCAAUCUGUACCUCAUCUACUUGAAUCGGAAGCAUGCACAACGGAGAUUGGAUCUCGGUAAAUCGGCCCAGGUAGUGGAUGAGUCUAUGUUCAGCAAGCAGAAGGUGGGUAAGGCCGUCGAACUUGAGGAUGCAAAUGCCGCUGCUCAGCAGAAUCAAUCUGAAGAUAAGGGGUUUUCGGACACGACGGAUCUCAAGAACGAGGAUUUCAUAUUUGUGUACUAG